GUGAAUGGGACAGAAUAAGAAAAUUUGGUGACACAAGGUAGAGAUUGAAAUGGACCCAAAAACAACACCUGAGAUGAUGAAAGCCAUUUUACUUUAUGAAAGGAGAAGAAGGGUAGUAGUAGCUAAUCAUUAACCAUGAGUAUAUGAAUCAUACUACUACUAUAUUCACCAUCAUCAUCAUCAUCACACAUCGAUUCAUAUCGCACGGCCACGGUUAAAACCCCCCACGUGCGGUUCCUCUAACUAACCACGGUUAAACCCAACCCAAAUCUCAAACAAAUCAACACAAAACCCUUCUCCUCCAUAAACAACACACAUCAAUAUCACUCCAUUUUUUUAUUAGACUGACACACCUGCAUACGUAUAGCAAAGGAGAGGGAAAACAAAACGAAAACCCAAAAUCCCCCGACACUGCAAAAAGCCAAAUCCACCGUCUCCAAAUCAAGCUAACACCAACACCAACACAAAUUGAAAAAUCAAAAAGCUCUAUACUCUCCGACGAUUUCAUGGAACCGAACCGAGUCAAUAUUCUCAUCGUAACCGUCACCGUUUUCUUACUCUUCUCCCUCGGAGUUCUUGCUUCUCUCACAGGAUUUGUUGGUGGUAGUGGUGGGGCUGGUAGUGGAACGUUGUUGUCCUUGUCACUAUUGUUGGGAUUAGAGGGUGGAACAAACAACACACUCCUCUAUACUCCUCACCGCAAACUUCUCCCUCAUUCUGCUACUGAUGAGAGAAUCGAACCAAACCGAAUAUGGGGUGAUAACUGCACCAAAUCGGACAUUGUUAUCAGCCAAGCUUCCACAGCACCACUCCCAAAUGGUAUCCCAACAUACAGAGUUGAAAUAUCGAACAUGUGUGUAAGUGGAUGCGACAUCUCUGCUAUUCACCUUCGUUGUGGCUGGUUUAGCUCGGCACGUCUCAUCAACCCAAAACUCUUCAAGCGCCUCCGGUACAAUGACUGCCUUGUCAAUAAUGGCAAACCAGUAAUCAAUGGUGGCACUGUUUCUUUUCAGUAUGCUAAUACCUAUCUCUAUCCACUCUCAGUUUCCUCUGUGGUAUGUGUUUGAACUUUGAAGACUUUUUUUGGCUGGAUUUUGGAGUACUAGUGCCAAUUCUUUUGGACUUGUGUAUAUACACAUAUUAUAGGUAUUUUGGCAAUCACUUUCAUAUAACACGUGAUGGUGAUGAACUAUGAAUUUGAAAUGUGAAUGUGAUGAUGACAAGAGCAAGAGGAAUAUUAUGCUUACAA